ACUUGUAUCUCUCCUCUAUUCGGGCCUUCAAAUCUUAGGAGUGAAGUUUCUUCUCCUCCUCGUCUUUAACCACUAACUUCUCUUUAGUCUUUAUUCCCAAAUCCCCUUCUCCAUAUCUCUCUCUCUCUCUCUCUCUCUCUCUCUCUUCCAUUCUUUUCGAACCUUUAUCUUUCUGCGACAUUCUUGAAUCUUUUUCAAUUUUCUAACAUUAUCGAAUCUUUAAAGAAAGAUAACGCUCCUCACGAAGAUACUUCAUAGUUUCUGUUCUCUGAAUUCUGAAUUAGAGUUUUGUUUUGACUGGUUCAUCUGGGCUUCCCUUACUUGAUCAUGGAACCAUUUAGACAAUUCAGAGUCACCGCCGCUUCCUUCAAGUCUCUUCUCUAUGCUUCUUUCGUACAACUUCAAAUUUUCUUACUAUUUGGAUCCGCCAUUGCCGACAAUCCUCAAUUUUACUUCGAUUGGACAGUUUCUUACACUCCAUUGGCUCCCCUGGGAAUUUUCAAACAGGUGAUUGUGAUCAAUGGGCAGUUUCCUGGUCCGACGCUGAACGCCACGACCAACGACAUCUUGAACAUCAAUGUUCGCAACAAUCUGAAUGAGCCGUUCCUUCUCACAUGGAACGGAGUACAGCAGAGGAGGAAUUCAUGGCAGGACGGGGUGGAAGGGACGAACUGUCCAAUAGCGCCGGGGAAGAACUGGACUUACAGUUUCCAAGUGAAGGAUCAGAUAGGAAGCUUUUUCUAUUUCCCUUCGCUUCUUCUUCAGAGAGCCUCGGGUGGGUAUGGAGCCAUUCGUAUCAACAAUCGAAUCGUAAUUCCCGUCCCGUUCUCUCCUCCACAACAUGAAUUCGAUGUCUUGAUUGGAGAUUGGCACAAUGCAGACUACAGGGAAUUGAGGGCUUCACUUGAUCGUGGCAACUAUUUGCCCACACCUGACGGGAUUCUCAUCAAUGGCGUUGGUCCCUUCCAAGAAAAUUUCGCAUUUCGACCAGGAGCUACCUAUCGACUAAGAAUCUCAAACGUGGGCUUGAAAACGUCUGUGAACUUCAGAAUUCAGGACCACCUGAUGCUUCUGGUUGAGACGGAGGGAUCCUACACCUUGAAACAGUAUUAUGAGAAUAUCGACAUCCACGUCGGUCAAUCCUACUCAGUCCUCGUCACUGCUAAUCAAAUACCUGGAAGGUCAUAUUACAUGGUUGCAACCUCUCGCUUCAUCAUUCCUGAACUUGCUGGUAUCGCAGUAAUACAGUAUCCAGGCUCUUUAACAAAUCCAAUAGGCCCAUUUCCACCUGGUCCUCCACCAUUUGAUUUUACAUACUCCAUGGAUCAAGCCCGUUCAAUAAGGUGGGACUUAGCAGUAGGAGCAGCUAGACCAAACCCACAGGGUUCCUUCCAUUACGGCCUCAUAAAUGUAUCACAGAACAUCAUCCUCGAGAAUGAUAUGGCAAUGAUUGGAAAUCAUCAGCGUUACACAGUGAAUGGGAUCUCAUUUGUUCACCCAGAUACGCCAUUGAAGCUAGCUGACUAUUUCCAGCUUAACGAUGUCUUCAAGUCAGAUUCCAUUCCUAAAGCACCAGAUGGUAGAUAUCCUGCAUUGGGGACCUCUGUUAUUGAUCUCAAAUACAGAGAUUUCAUCCACAUUGUCUUUCAGAACCCUUUACCAAUCUUGCAAACUUGGCACAUCGAUGGCUACAACUUCUUUGUUGUUGGGAUGGAUGAGGGGAACUGGGAUGAGAGUAGAAGAUCAACUUAUAACAUGGUCGACGCCAUUUCCCGGUCGACGAUCCAGGUGUACCCAAACUCAUGGACGGCGAUAAUGGUGGAAUUGGACAACCAAGGGAUGUGGAAUGUGAGAUCUCAAGAAGUAGAUAAAUGGUACCUUGGCCAAGAACUAUACAUCAGAGUGAAAGGGGUUGGGCAGAAUGACCCUUCAACUAUACCAAUCCAAGAUGAGACUCCUAUUCCUGCCAAUGUCAUCAGAUGUGGAAGGGCUGGUCCUUCUACCUAAUUGGAAACCAACUCGCACUUGUCCUCCGUCAAUUUUGGUAAAUCUUCUUAUUUCUUCUUGAAAUGACUUCUCCCCUGUAUUGGUUGGACUAAGAUGUAAACAGAAAAGCCAGAAACUUUAUCCCUUCUUCCUAUAGUAUUAGCCAAUUUAAACUGAAA